AUGGAGACGUUGAAUGAGCGCGUGCUAGCACACGUGCCAACACAGCAGCUACAUCAGAGCUACAAUGCUGUGCUCCAAGAGGAAAUCGCAUCCGUAAGUGCAGCAGUUAGUGAUGUAGUAACAGCCUUCAGCAAGCUGGAGGAGGUCUUCGAUGCUAUCGCGAAACUAGAGCAGGGCCACGACUCGACUGGUGGACGCAGAGCUAGUUUGAUUGCCGCAUUAGCGAACACACUGAUGCUGCAGCGAGAGCUUCAGCAUAAAACUAACGAUCUCGGCUCCGGGCUGACGGUGAACGCGCUGGGAAAUAAAAGAAAGCGAGACGAGAAUGAUGAACAAGUGUCCGAGAUGGAAACACGCACGAACGAUAAAGAAGAACGAGCUCCUCAGACUGUUACAGUACCCUCUAGUCCGAAUAACAAUGGUCGUUUGGAGCGUAACGUGACCCAGCAAGUUAUGACAAACAAGCGAGAGUCUGCCAUGGACUCUAAUGUUAAGUUUAGCUCAACUUUCGAGUCGAAAAUUCACAAUGAGAAUGGUGACGAGGUUGAAGGCAGCGAAGCUGCUUGGAAAGCGUUAAUGAGAAACGCGGCAGAGGAUAAAGAAACGUCUUCCGAGAAGCAGAAUCCAGUGAUAGAAAAGAAGACACCAUCGAACCAACCCAAAAUUGCUGCGUCAAAAACAGCAGGCCGCCUGAAAUCAAUUAUGGACGACAUGAACAAAUUAUCGGCAAAGGAUCGAGCGUUUGUGAUCCCGGAUAUGUUGAUUGCAUUGAAACGUUCGGUGGAAGAAGAUAUUACUGGAUCAAGUCGGUUUCAAGUGGCACACGCAUUGAAAAUUCUAGUCAGAUGGCGGGCUAGCGAAUGUGAAGAGCAGUCUAAGCACCUGGAGUUGUAUCGUGACUAUGCAGCAGCAGUCGAGUCAUUCGUGCAUAGACUUCCACAGUCAAAGGAACAACAAGAGCUCAAAAGAUUAGUCGAGAGAAUGACAACAAGUGUGAUUGAACCGUCGGGUGUGCAAACACGCAAAUACCUGAAAGAGAUUUGUCAUCGUUCAGCGAAAACUUUUGCUGAAAUGAAGAAGUGGCGUGGCAAACCCGUGCCUGACGCUGAAAUCAACAAGCUUUUUGACGCCGUAGAAGCUUUGGUCAACCACGUUGCGGUGGGGUGGGACCCAAGUCGAGACCCUUUUGUGAACAUUUGUGUCAACGAACUGAGAACAAUGCCAAAGCGUAUGACUGGAGAAGUUUUUUUAAAGAAAGCGCUUCAAAGGCGCUUGCACAAACUUGCAAUAGUGCCAGUUCAAACACCAAAAGCCGGUCAGAAGCGCGCCGAAAAGAAAAAAAAGACAAAGAACUCGAGUGGUGUCACCAAGUAG